CCGAAAUGUUUCUUAACGGGAAAGCACUGUUACUGUCCUUUGGCCUGGCCAACAUCUUGUUGGCAUCUAAUCCGCUUUAUAUAUUUCCACACGCAAGGACAUCGAUGGGAAGCUUAGGUAUAGCUCUGAUUAUUGUCGCAUCUGGAGUUCUACUUUUUGGAGAAUUAAUGGCCGCAAAAAAGCACAGGGCUAACAUUAUUCUAUUUUGGCUAUUGGCAACGUUAGUUUUCAUGGGAUCACAAAUCAUUGAAAUUCAAGAUACUUACCACACAAGUUUUCUUCGGUAUUUGUAUAUCAUUCUGCUUACAGUUAUGGAUGUGCUGACCUAUAGAAUCUAUAACGAGGAGGUUAAAGCAUUCACCUCAAAUCCCGAGGAAAUUAAAAAUAAAAAUGAAGUACCACAGCCUGCGGUACCAGUGGAUCAGAACCCACCUCCAUACGAAGUCAAAGCUCUUAAUGUUCAGAUUGCCUAAACGGAACAGUUUUCAUUUACUUUUUUAAUGUUCUUUAAACCUGCUUUGCACUAAAACCCCAUAUAAAGAAAUGUAUUAUUAAUACAAUUUAUAAUUAUGAUGUUAUCUGAAAAAUAUAUUAUUAUUAAUUAUGCGUUGAGAA